GUCAGCGCCCUAUAAAAGUCGACAGCCAUCCUUGGACUGUCCCUACACUCCUUCCAUUUCUUUCCCCUUAUUUCCUGCCCGUCGCAUCCUUUUUUUGGCUUUUUUUUUUGCAACCACCUGUAGCUCUAUACACAUCCAUGGCUUCUCUCGGGAAUCUCAAGUUCAUCUCUGACCCUAAGACUGUCGCCAUUGUGGGAUGCCCUUUCAGUGGUGGUCAGCCCAAGGUUGGUGUCGACGAAGGUCCUAUCCAUCUCGUCGACGCGGGCCUCGUUGAACAGCUCACCGAGCUUGGAUGGCAAGUCAAGUUCGACGGACAUCACCAAUUCGAGGACAUCUCCGCCGAGUCGGACCCUCCGAUCGGAAAGUUGAAGAACCCUCGGCUAGUCUCGAAGGUCACUGAAGCUGUGGCGAAAGCUGUCGGUGGACAUGCGCAACAAGGACAGCUUCCUCUGACCUUGGGAGGAGAUCACUCGUUGGCGAUGGGCACCAUUGCUGGAACUUUGUCGAAGUACCCCGAUGCGUGUGUAAUAUGGAUUGACGCACACACCGACAUCAACACCCCGGAGACCACAGACUCAGGGAACAUUCACGGCAUGCCCCUGGCCUUCCUCUGCUCCCUCGCGGACUCGUCUUCUACCAAGAUUGCCUCCUCCACGGAACAAACCCCCUUCGAAUGGCUUGACUCUGUCCACCUCGACCCUUCCAAGCUCGCCUACAUCGGCCUUCGCGACAUCGACGCAGGCGAGAAAGCUAUCCUCCGUAAACAUAACAUCGCGGCCUUUUCCAUGCAUGAGGUCGACCGGUAUGGCAUUGGCCAGGUUGUCGAGAUGGCGAUUGACAGGGUGAACCCCGGAAGGGAAAAACCUAUCCAUUUGAGUUUUGAUGUCGAUGCGCUGGAUCCCACCGUGGCACCGAGUACUGGAACGCCUGUCCGUGGCGGGCUGACGUUCAGAGAGGGUCACUAUAUCUGCGAGAGGUUGUUUGAGACUGGACUGCUGGUCGCCGUGGACUUGAUGGAGGUCAACCCGUCACUCAAGGAUGCCCAGGAUGUGCAAGCCACCGUCGCGGUCGGCUGUUCACUCGUUCGCGCUGCGCUUGGAGAAACCCUUCUUUGAUCAUGUCGUCGAUAAAGCAAGAAUCUGCGCCGAAGUAAUCAAUAAGUAAAUACUGUAUCCUUAUGACCUUUGUAUGGUUUGGACAAGCGAAUUCAUGGACAUUGUAACAUGCAAGAUACAGAGUUCGAAAUACUAAAUAAUGCAAGAGCCUUCCUUGACCCAC